UUAAUACUUGUUAAUGAAAGACAAAAUGUUUCUAAUACGAUUGUUAAAAGAAAAGAAUAUGUUCAAAAUAAUUCUCAGCAAAGAAUUAAUCUGUAUCAUGAUGUUAUUUAUAUUGAUGAGUCUGGUUUUAAUCUUUAUUUAUCACAUUCACAAGAACGUGCACCUCGUAGACAACGUGCUAUUAAGGAAGUUCCUAAGCAACAUGGAAAAAAUAUAACUAUUAUUGCAGCUAUAGAUGGGAAUAGCAUUGUCAAAGUUACACCGCAGCUGGGUUCAACAACUAGAUUUAUUUUUACAAAAUUUUUAUGUUAG